AAACCUGUUAGUUGGACACACGCAAAGGGAAACACCAUGUCACUUUGGCAAAAAUAAUAUUUUUCAAUCCAACUUUCGAACCCUCUGAUUGGUAUCUACAUCUGACUAGAAUCUCUUUGAAUUUGGAAUCAUCAUAAAUAAAGCCUUUGGUUCCGAGGCACAAUCAAGAAAGCCAGCAUGGAGGGGCACCAGCAACAUCUUAUUGAGACAGAGCAAGGUACUCCCAACACAAAAUCACACAAGAAACUAGCUCUUCUCCCUUUGGUUUUUCUCAUCUACUUUGAGGUUGCUGGUGGGCCCUAUGGGGAGGAGCCUGCAGUGGGAGCUGCAGGCCCAUUAUUUGCCAUCCUUGGCUUUCUCAUUUUCCCCUUCAUUUGGAGCAUCCCUGAGGCUCUCCUCACUGCAGAGCUGGCCACAACCUUCCCUGGCAAUGGUGGCUUUGUCAUAUGGGCUAAUGAGGCCUUUGGGCCCUUCUGGGGCUCCCUCAUGGGCUUCUGGAAGUUCUUCAGUGGGGUCAUAAACUUAGCCUCAUACCCAGUUCUCUGCGUGGAUUAUUUGAAAUUGGUGAUUCCACUUCUCUCUUCUGGCUUCCCUAGAUAUGUGUCCAUCGUUAUCUCCACUUGUGUGCUAUCUUUUUUGAACUAUUCUGGUUUGGCUAUAGUUGGUUACACUGCAGUUGCUCUUGGUGUUGUUUCCCUCUUGCCCUUUUUGUUGCUGUGUUUGUUUUCCUUGCCCAAAUUGGACCCGACCAGGUGGUUAAGUUUGGGUGAGGAGGGUGUGAAGAAGGAUUGGACACUCUACUUCAACACCAUCUUUUGGAACUUGAACUUUUGGGACAGUGCUAGUACUCUAGCUGGUGAAGUUGAGGAGCCACAUAAGACUUUUCCAAAGGCCUUGUUGUCUGCAGGGUUGCUUACUUGUUUGGGUUAUCUUCUUCCCUUAUUGGCUGCCACUGGGGCUAUGCCACUAGAUCAGGGAAAUUGGGUUGGAGGGUAUUUUGCAGAUGUGGCUGGGGUCAUUGCUGGGAAGUGGUUGAAAAUUUGGAUGGAAAUUGGUGCUGUGCUGUCAGUAAUUGGGCUUUUUGAAGCCCAAUUAAGCAGUGCUGCAUAUCAGCUUCUGGGGAUGUCUGAUUUGGGGUUUAUACCUAGAAUUUUUGGAGAAAGGUCUAAGUGGUUCAACACUCCUUGGAUGGCCAUUUUGGUCUCAACAAUUGUAGCACUUGCUAUGUGUUUUUUUACUUUCACAGAUAUCAUUUCUACUGUGAAUUUUUUGUAUAGUUUGGGGAUGCUUUUGGAGUUUGCAGCUUUCUUAAGAUUGAGGAGGAAGUUCCCAUCUUUGAAAAGACCCUUUCAGGUUCCAUUGGGAUUCUUCGGUUUGAUCAUCAUGUGCUUGGUGCCAUCUUUGCUUUUGGUGUAUGUCAUGACUGUUGCUUCCAGAAUUGUUUAUGUGGCUAGUGCUUUUCUCACCUGUCUUGGCAUUGUGUUAUAUUAUUUUAUGAAUUUUUGUAAGUCUAGGAAGUGGGUUGAAUUCAGCCGCGUGGGAGAUAAAUUAGAUGAAGAUGAAUAUGUUCUGUAGAAGUAGGUAUAGUUGGUGGUGAUUCAUUUGACGUUUUUGUUUGGGGUAGAAGAAUCUUUGUUUAUAAUUCAUAUAUUGUAUGUAUAUUUCUGCAGGAGAAAUUGGAUUCUCCUCGGUCAUUAUUGUUUGAAGUAUAGUUUGUCAUGUAAAUGUAUUGAUGACGAUCUACGUUCCCUAAACAAUCAGCAAUGUGUGGUUAUUUUUUUUAUUUCAAA